UGAUGACAUUAUCGCUUUUUGUUCAUCUCACUCUCAGAUUGAAGAAUCCAAUGGAAGGAAUUCAAAGCAAGAUCUUCAUCGUGCUUCUUUAUUCUCUCUUCAUCAUCGCACCUUCCAUCUACGCCACUGAUUUCAAAUACUGCAAUAAGAAGAAAGAGUAUGCCAUCAAGGUCAGUGGAGUUGUGAUCACUCCUGACCCAAUAACCAGAGGCACAGAGACCUCCUUCACUAUUUCUGCAUAUACAGAGAAACCAAAAUCUGGAGGGAAAGUGGUGAUCGAUGUUGCUUACUUUGGAUGGGGUGUGUAUAGUGAGACGGGCGACCUCUGUGACAAAACAUCUUGCCCUGUUCCUGCCGGUGACUUUGCAAUCUCUCACUCGCAAUUCUUACCCGCAUUCGCUCCCCCUGGUUCAUACACACUUUCGUUGAAGAUGCAAGACGGUAACAAAAACGAGCUGACAUGCAUCAAGUUUGAUUUCAGCAUUGGCUUCUUCGACUCCGAGGGAGUGGCCAACAGUUGAGUUCGUUUUUACGUCUACAUAUGUAUUUAUAGAUCAUCACGUGUCUAUUGUGUUCGAGAUUGUCAAUGGCUUGCUACGUGUCGGUUCUGGUUUUGUCUCAUGUUAUAUGGUUCGAGUGUAACGGGUCGAUGAUGACUCGUAUGUCUAUAAUGAUUGUGUACAUUUUUCGAGUAAAUAAAAUUUAAUCAUUUUAGUAAAUAAA